CCAAACAAGGGUUCUUCCUCUUCCUCAACUAUCCAUGGGAAUGGAGCUUCUCUUAGGAAUCUCUACGCUAAUCAUAGCUCUCAUCAUCUUCCUCGGUUUCCGUAGUAACGAUAAACUCGACGGCAAAUCCCUCAAGCUCCCUCCUGGAAACCUCGGCGGCUGGCCUCUCAUCGGGGACACAAUCCCCUUCAUGCAGCCACAUUCCUCGGCCUCUCUCGGCACUUUCAUGGACCAACACAUCGCCAAGUAUGGGAGGAUAUUUAGGAUGAAUUUGUUGGGGAGGCCUACGAUUGUGUCGGCGGACCCGGAGUUUAAUCGGUUCAUACUGCAGAGCGAGGGGAGGCUGUUCGAGAACAGUUGCCCGACGAGCAUCGCCGAGAUUAUGGGGCGGUGGUCGAUGCUGGCGCUGGCCGGUGACAUACAUAAGGAAAUGAGGUCUAUUGCCGUCAACUUUAUGAACAAUGUCAAGCUCCGGACUUAUUUUCUGCCUGAUGUAGAUGCUCAGGCUGUUAAGAUUCUUGAUUCUUGGAAGGAUAAUACUACUUUCUCCGCGAUGGAACAAGGGAAGAAGUUUGCGUUUAAUUUGAUGGUGAAGCAACUGAUGAGCAUGGAUCCUGGAAUGCCUGAGACGGAGCAGUUGAGGAGCGAGUACGUUUUCUUUAUGAAGGGGAUGGCUUCUAUUCCUUUGAAUUUGCCAUGGACAGCCUUCAGAAGGGCCUUGCAGUCGAGAUCCGCAAUCCUGAAGAUUAUGGGACAAAAGCUAGACGAGAGAGUGCGAAAACUUCAAGAGGGAGUCCAAGGACUCGAAGAAGACGAUCUCCUUGCAUCGGUCGCAAAGCACCCACAUCUAACGAGAGAUCAGAUUCUUGAUUUGAUACUGAGCAUGCUCUUCGCUGGUCACGAGACCUCAUCUGCUGCCAUCUCGUUAGCUAUUUACUUCCUGCAGUCCUCGCCCAAAGUCCUGCAACAGUUGCGAGAAGAGCACACUAAGAUUGCGAAUCAGAAGAAGGAACGAGGCGAAACUGGAUUGAAUUGGGAUGAUUACAAGCAAAUGGAGUUCACCCAUUGUGUUAUUAAUGAAACUCUAAGGCUGGGAAACAUUGUGAAGUUCUUGCACAGAAAGGCCCUUAAAGAUGUGCAGUUCAAAGGAUAUGAUAUUCCAUGUGGUUGGGAAGUAGUGCCAAUAAUCUCUGCAGCACAUUUGGAUUCAGCAAUUUACGAUGACCCACAAAUUUACAACCCCUGGAGAUGGGAGACGAUCUUUGCGACGAUGACGAAGAACAGCAACGUAAUGUCGUUCAGCGGGGGCCCUCGGCUUUGCCCGGGAGCAGAGCUGGCGAAGCUGGAGAUGGCGGUGUUUCUUCACCAUUUGGUGCAGAGGUUCGAGUGGGAGCUGGCCGAGCACGACUAUCCUGUUUCCUUCCCUUUCCUUGGAUUCCCCAAGCAACUCCCCAUCAAGAUUCGUGCUCUUAAGUAAAUAUUAGUGUACUCCUGUGCUAAAAUUUAUGAACGAUCUGGUUCUCUGUUUGUGCUACAUGAAUUUGACACUGGUGACACUGGUGAAGUUGAUGGAUAUUUUGAGAAGCAUACUGAAGAAAUGAAAUAAAUGGAAAGUUUGGAUUUUCAAUA